ACGGAUCCUUCCUGUGGUGUUCCCACGAAAAUUUGGAAAACCAGCCCUGAUCCUUCGUCAAUGCCUUCCCACAAAAACAGCAUUCCGUGCCACGUCUUUCAGACUGUUGACUUCCACGGGCCUUGCGAGCAGGAGGACAGGAGAAACUCAGCCCCAGAAUCAAUUUUGUUGGUACCUCCAUCCUGGACAAAGCAGCUGGUGCCUGCAAUACCUAUCUGCAGUUUGCCCGUCCAGUCGCUCCCGCCCCUCGAGUGGCCAAGCCAGUCUGGCUCCUACGAGCUGCGGAUCGAGGUGCAGCCGAAGCCCCACCACCGGGCACACUACGAGACGGAAGGAAGCCGAGGGGCUGUCAAGGCACCGACUGGAGGCCACCCUGUCGUCCAGCUUCACGGUUACAUGGAGAACAAACCCUUGGGUCUUCAGAUCUUCAUUGGGACAGCAGAUGAACGGAUACUUAAACCUCACGCUUUCUAUCAAGUCCAUCGCAUUACGGGAAAAACCGUCACCACCACCAGCUAUGAAAAAAUCAUUGGCAACACCAAAGUUUUAGAGAUCCCACUGGAACCCAAAAACAACAUGAAAGCAACCAUUGACUGUGCAGGGAUUUUGAAGCUGAGGAAUGCAGACAUUGAGCUGCGCAAGGGAGAGACAGACAUCGGCAGGGAGAACACCCGUGUCCGGCUCGUCUUCCGCGUGCACAUCCCUGAGUCCAGCGGCAGGAUCAUUUCUCUGCAAGCAGCAUCAAACCCCAUUGAAUGCUCCCAAAGGUCUGCUCAUGAACUUCCAAUGGUUGAAAGACAAGAUAUUGAUAGCUGCCUCGUUUAUGGAGGACAACAGAUGAUCCUGACUGGACAGAAUUUCACAGCAGAGUCCAAGGUGGUGUUCACAGAAAAAACAUCAGAUGGGCAGCAGAUUUGGGAAAUGGAGGCAACAGUGGACAAAGAUAAGAGCCAGCCUAGCAUGCUUUUUGUAGAAAUACCAGAGUACCGUAACAAGCACAUUCGUACAGCUGUGAAGGUGAAUUUCUACGUCAUCAAUGGGAAAAGAAAAAGAAGCCAACCCCAGCAUUUUACCUAUCACCCAGGUAAUUUACCAUCAAUCAAAACAGAGCCCAUUGAUGACUAUGAUCCAGCCUUAAUCUGCAAUACAGUACACAGUGGUCUGGGAACAGUAACACAGCCUUACUAUUCACAGCAUACAAUGGUCACCGAAUCCCCUUCCUGUCUUGUGGCCACUAUGGCUCCUUGCCAGCAGUUGCGCUCAGGCCUUUCUUCUCCUGAUUCUCGAUACCAUCAGCAGAAUCCAUCCGCUGUAAUAUACCAAAGAAGCAAGAGCCUUAGCCCAAGUCAACUGGGCUACCAGCAAUCCAAUUUGAUGGCUACACCGGUUGCUAUUUCAGAUGCCCAUAGGUCAGUGCUGGUGCACGCUGGAUCUCCAGGCCAAACUUCAGCGGUGCUCCACCACUCUCCAGGUAACCAGCAGUCUUCUCCAGUGAUUCAUUAUUCUCCAACCAACCAACAGCUGAGGUGUGGAAGUCACCAAGAAUUUCAGCACAUAAUGUGCUGUGAAAAUUUUACAUCCAGUGUUGCAAGAUCCAGCCAGCCCCAGGUCAGUCAACCACAAAGGUUAAGUCCAAGUUCAUAUCCUACUGUGAUUCAGCAGCAGACAGCCUCGGGCCAGCGAGCAGCAAAAAAUGGACCACCAGUUAGCAACCAGAAAGAAGUAUUACCAGCUGGAGUCACUAUUAAACAGGAACAGAAUCUGGACCAAGCAUAUCUGGAUGAUGGUAGGCAGCUAUUGGCAAUCUGGUUGAUUGGUUCUUUUAUUAAAAUGUGUUCCUUGCAAGAGGAAAUCGAUGCAAAGUUAAUAGUACAGCUGGAUGCGGCAGUCAUAAAGGCCAGUAGCAAAGCCAACAUUGACUUUAGUGGGAACAGA